UGCUUCCUUCUCAUGAUAAGUAGUUUGUAGUAAUAGACGCGGCCCAGCUAAUGUUUUCUAGCCCUUAACGUUAGCAUUAGCGUUAGCAUUAACGUUAGCAUUAGCCUAGCUACCCGUGUUAGGCAGCUCGCAUGCUAGAAGGCUAACUAGUCUAAUUGUUGACUGACACGAAUGUAUAAUAUUUCUCAAAUUAAAACGCACAACGUGCAAAGCUUCUCAACAGUGAAGCAUUGAACACUUCUGGACCAUCUAACACCUCCUUAGCGUGUCUGCUAAAAGGCUUGUUUAUGAAGGCUGAUUGACAAACGCUUCUCUUCUCACUGUGUAGGUUUACUAAAUGGGAUGUACAGUAAUGCUAAAAGCUUCUACUAUAUAGUAUACUAUAUAGUACACUACACGUUAAAUAAAAAGCUUAUGUAGUAUUGAACCUGAGACAGAGAUGGAGACAGUCUGCCUGUUAGUCAUUCACAUUCCUGAUGGAGACUAUAAAUAUGUUCCCUGACGUUUCAUAGACAAUUUGUCAUUAUUAAACAUGUUUGUUUGCUCUGCUCAAUGCCAGUGAUGUGACUUAUUUGAUUCCCUGUAAUAAUGAUUCCUGUCCUGAUACAUCACACUAUUCAUUAAAGACUUUCCAUAACAGUCCUCGUCUUCCACUUUGGAGUUGGGAAAAAUUACUCCGAUGCUUUUUUACACACAAUGCUUUUUUUGUACUGAAAGUGUAUUAGAGAUGUACAGAUAUGUUACUGAUCAGAACUGGCGGUUAAGUAUCGGGCUGGAUCAGACAUAUGGAUUGGACCAAAAGUGGACAAAUCGCAAGCUCUUUAACAGGUCUAACGGCUUGCCUCGAUGGCCGUCAUAACAGCAUACAGUCGGCUGGUUAAGCAUUCAUGAUCUAGGUCUAGAUGAUAUGGAUGCUGUUCUAGCAUCUUUAAUCAAAGAUUUGAAGCCGAGCAGCGUCUUUAUUUUCUUUCGAUCUUUACUUCCAUGUUCCAUUCUUCUCAAUCCUCCACGUAUAAACCGUUCUACAGUAAGAUCUCAGCCGAAAAUAGUUGCAGCAUCGAGGAAAAACACAUUACAUUCAAACACGAAACUGUGCACCAAAUGAAACCUCUUUUCCCCGAAAGACAAAAAGUGCUGCAUCAGCUUCAGUAACAAGCAGUUGGAAACCCCUCCAUCCAGAUUGAUGAGACCGACUGGAGACACACUCCAUAAAUGUGGUGGAAGAGUUCCUGGCUGAGUUAAGAUGUCGGGAACGGUCGCAGAACGCCACCCUCGUCAGUCAGAUCACUGCCGUCAAGUUUCUCAUGGCACGAAAGUUUGACGUCUCCCGUGCCAUAGACCUCUUCCAGGCAUACAAGAAUACUAGGAUAAAGGAAGGGAUCUACAAUAUUAACCCAAAUGAAGAGCCUUUGAGGACUGAGUUAUUGAGUGGCAAAUUUACAGUCCUGCCAGGGCGUGAUGCUAAGGGUGCAGCCUUGGCGCUCUUCACUGCCCGUCUCCAUCGUCCUGACGUCACCACCCAUAAAGCUGUUCUUCAAGCCAUCAUCUAUCAGCUGGACAAAGCCAUAGAGAGCAUCCAGACACAAAGAGAUGGUCUUAUAUUCAUCUACGACAUGACCAACUCCACCUACGCCAACUUUGACUACGAACUCUGUGUCAAAAUUUUAAACCUUCUCAAAGGAGCGUUUCCUGCCAGGUUAAAAUGCGUGUUCAUCGUGUCGUCGCCACUCUGGUUUCGAGCACCGUUUGCCGUGCUGCGUCUUUUUGUGCGAGAGAAACUCAGAGAAAGGGUGUGUACAGUAAAAGCUCAUGAACUGGCCAAUCACAUCCCAGUCAUCUCGCUCCCAGAGCACCUGGGGGGCUCGUCACAGUACAGCCACAUGGCCUGGAUCCAGUCAUGUGUUAAUUCCACCCUGAACAACUCCACUGAUGGCAACACAGACUGCUUGGAUGGCCUGCUGCACUCCUACUGCCCGGAUCAUCAGACGGCCAACGCCAACCCGGGUGCCACGGUGCUUGUGAACAGCCUUGACGACGGCAACGCUAAUCCUCAGAACCACCGACACACCCAUUGGAAUGGUCUGACACCACUCAGCUCAAAUGCAAACAUUGCCAACGGUCGUCAGGCUCCGCCCCCUCAGUCAGAUACACCCCCAGAUACACCCUUGCAUCACAAAAACAACACGGAUACGACGUCGGCGUCAAUGGGAGGCAUGAACGACUGCCGACGAGAUGGCAAUGGCGCUGAGCUGGAAGCUGACUUUCUUGGUGAGGAAGCGGAAGCAAGCGCUGGAGUUCCACCCCUUCCUCAGAAGUCGUCGAGGCCAACACCUCUGUCCCAUAGCCCAGCCUAUGAGUCAAGUUGGCCACUUGGUAUGGCAUCGAUACAUACAGCUGAGUUAGGGGGAAUGACCGUGCUGGAGCUGGUGCAGCAUGUCAAAACCAAGAAGAAGAAAGGCAUCUACCAGGAGUACGAGGAGAUCCGGAAAGAGUCGCCUGCUGGAACCUUUGAUUACUCCAAGAUACCAGCUAACCAGGUCAAAAACCGUUACAGUGACGUGCUCUGCUUGGACGAAUCCCGUGUCCGCCUUUGCCCACUCAAUGAUGACGACGACGAGACUUCAGACUACAUUAACGCAAGCUUCAUGGAUGGCUACAAGAUGAAGAAUGCAUAUAUUGCUACUCAGGGGCCUUUGCCAAAAACAUAUGGUGAUUUUUGGCGAAUGGUUUGGGAGCAAGUGGUAUUAAUCAUCGUCAUGACAACAAGAGUUGUGGAGCGAGGCCGAGUAAAGUGCGGACAGUACUGGCCCCUGGAAGCCGGCCGCACAGAGGAAUAUGGUUACUUCCUGGUGAGAAAUGUCCACAUAGAGAUGUUUCAAGAUUUUAAACUCUCACAUCUGGAGCUCUAUAACAGUCAGACCGGUGAGUGUAGAGAGGUGUCUCAUUAUCUGUACAUGAGCUGGCCAGAUUUUGGGGUUCCAAAAUCUGCGUCGGCCAUGUUGGAUUUCCGCGCCAAGGUGAAGCAAAGGCAGGACCUGGCGUUGCGAACGAUAUUUCCUGACUGGACGGGACCUCCCGGAGGUCCACCCAUAGUCGUACACUGCAGUGCUGGAAUAGGAAGGACAGGUACCUUCUGCACUCUGGACAUUUGUCUCUCACGUCUCGAGGACAUUGCCACGGUGGAUGUGACGCAGACAGUGCGGCGCAUGCGCACUCAGCGCGCCUUCAGCAUCCAGACGUGGGACCAGUAUUACUUCUGCUACCGAGCCGUGAUCGAGUACGCACAACAAACCGGACGCCUCGCACCCGUCGAGUGGUCCGACACAGAGCUUGAGACGGACAGCGAGUGACCGCGAAAGAGGGAGUGAAUAAAGAAUCAAGGUGCCAAAAGAGAAGAAGAGAUCUCAUGCUCUUUUUUUUCGUCCAGAAGACAUGUGUCUCCAGGUGGAGCACCACUAUCCUGCUCGGCUUUUUUGUCCCCUUGCUGGGAAGAAGGAAGAAACAGCGGGAAGAAGGAAGAGAAAAGGAAGCGGAGGAGAGGAUCGUCUUCUCGCAGCCUGCCACUUUGCAAUCCAAGUUGUAGCAGUUUAUCACAUGACUUGCACACAGUGAAUGAGAAACUUGAACUAAUCCCCAGCUUGCCUCCUUUCCCCACUUCUCUCAGUCCACAUGUGAGAAAUAUUCUGAUAUCAGUGUCGUGUGCAGCUCGGGGUUUGUGUCACACUUGUAUAAAUAGUGUGAAAGUGUUCAAACUUGAAUUUUCUUUCUCCGUCAUAGCCACAUCCAUUUUUUACUUUCUUUUCUUUGAUCAACAUUCUUACGUUUAUCGUUAACUAACCUUCAAACCAAAGGUAACGUGUCGAGUGCUUGGACAUAUCUGUAAUGAUCGUUGUGACUUAAACCUUGUAUAGUCUUGUAAGAUACAUUUAUAUAUUGUGCAUAAUAACCUUUGGGGGAGAGUCUUGUUUUAAUAUAAUACUCAAUGUUAUUUAGAAAUCUAUAUAUAAAUGAAUCUAUGUAUAAAUAUACGUCGGGUAGAACAAUAAGAUGAAGAGAUUAGAAUAUCACAGAAGAGGGAAAAAAAGAUCACGCUACUUCCAGUCCUGCAUCCUGUUUUCACCCUUUUCUUUUCUCCAACUCGAUGACUAUCAAUCGUUCGGCCUUAAAUCCAGGGCUCGUGAUCACCGAGUGACCAGGAACAGGAGAUUAGCUUCUCUUUAUAAACAGGUUCUCUCUGGUUAAGACGAAUCCCGAAGGGCAGUGUGAGCGCAUUACUAAGGAAACAAACAGUGAAAUGUGAAAGUGUUGUGAAUAAAAAAAAUAGGUGUAAUAUGUGGACAUCAGCCCAUUUAAAAAAGGAAAAAAAAAAGGAUUGAGAUUAGAGUCAUUAGAUUGAACAUCAACCCCUUUUACUGUUCCAGACAAGGAGGCGGGGCUUGUUUUUGGGGCAAAACGCAGGAAUGAAUGAAGAAAAUAGCCAGAUCAGUUGACCGUCAAUAUAGAAUUCUUACAGGUCUAGAAUCACCUUUAAUAAUGACAGACAUGUUUCUUGGAAAACAUCAUCGUGAUCUUAUCUACUUGUUCUUAGAUGACCUGCGAAAUAGUGGCCUUUAUACUUCGCAUCACUGCCUGUCGUUUAUAGGGGAAAAAAAUUCUAAGUAAUUCGACUAUUAUUCCUGCUCGUUUCCUCCUCCCUCGACUGCAGCCUCGUCUCAGCCUGAAGUCCUGGAUUUCAAUCUCAGUGGAAGUUGACUGACACUUUUACCGCCCUGCCCUGUGUCAUGGUGCUGUGUGUCUGAGGUGCAGGCGGGUUGGGACGGAGCCGGCGGUGGUGCAGCGUGAAGUCCCGGGUUAAGUGAGCUCGGGGGUUUAUUUGUGCCUUCAAGCUUUCAGUAGCGCAACUGCAUCUUGCGUCCGUACGAGGAUUACGUAUAUCUCAUAAUCUCAGGGGUAUAUUUGCUGUUGUCCUGAUGUUUUUUUUUUGUUUUGUUUUUUUAUAUGACUGUACAACUUCAGCAGUAUUUGAUGUUUCGAUUGUCGGUACGACACAAAAGACGCGACAAAAGGUUUUAUUUUGAUCAGCUACAGCUUCGACUGACCGACUUUUUGAUUUCAUGCCACUUCUGGACCCGUGUUACUUGAUGCUGAGCUUUUGGGAGUUUGUGCUAAAAGAAGAAUGUUUAUCAACAACAAAGUUGUCUUUAAACCAAAAUGCCUGUUGCUGACAGUUUUUGCCUGAGUUUUCUUCCAAAAAUCAGAGGGCAAGAUUUAAGGAUUGUACACAAAAUCUGCUAGAUUGCCGCUGUAUGUAGUUUAAUAGUAUUCAUUAUGCUGGCUUCUUUACUUGGAGAGGCCGUGUUCCAAUAACGCUUCUUUAACGCCCUCUUGUCGACUUCGCCGUUCACCUUUUAACUUUAGUGUCACCUUCGUUACAAAGAUUUUAAAAAGCCUGUGAAGAGCCGAACAUCUCCCUGAUCACCACACACCUCUAACCUUCUGUAAAAUAUAGGAAUUAAAACACACAGUACUGUACAUUCUGGUGUUGGACAUAAUAACAGCAUGUCCAGAUCCGUUUCUUUUUUAUACCACAGCGACUAGGCAACAAUUAUUACAAAAUAUUUUCUUCGUAUGUUUUAUCAGAAUUGUGUCCGUUCCGGUCAUCACUUAUACUAUAGCAGCUAGACACAGUCUUUCCUUCACAAGACACUCUUUAUUUUUUGUCCAUGACUGUAAUAAAGCGCUGACACUGGAGACUCCUUCCGGAAAAACGUUUCACCUUUCAAAAAAAAAAAAAAGGUCUUGGGAUAUUAAACUCUGUGUCCCUGUGAAUCGGCGCUUACUGUAGAAGCAAGCGCAUUCGUGUAAACCUCUGAUUGGUCAGUGCUAUAGAUUGGUGAAUGAAUGAAUGACCCAAUCAGAAGAACUGUGGUGUAAAUGUUUGACUUGUUCGUUAUGAAAAGUCGACCGGGUCGCGUUAAAGCUGUGUUGGAACACGAGUUUCGAUGAAGCCAUGGCAGACGUGCCAAAGUCGCCGUUUCGAAAUUAAUUCAAGAGCAACGGGCAGAAAAAAAUAUAAUAAAAUAAUACAAACAGAUGAAUGAUGAGUAGAAUUUGGAGCUAAACUGAAAGUGGUUUUCUCAUCAGUGAGUUACUCAGCAGAUCCUCACAAUGCCUUCUCUCUCACAGUUAAAGCGAUGAAUGUGUGAGGAAAAUAUUUUUCUGAUUUCAGAUGUACGCCUACUGUUUUUACCAGACGUCAACUGCUAUUACGUCACAAACACGCACGUAUAAUAUCACAAAGUCCCUAUAAAGCGGUGUCUUUUAGUUUAUACGAUGUUUCUGAAACGAAACUUGCAUGGACGGAUGGCGUCGAGUAAAAUGAGCGGCUCCGGAGCAGAAUGGCGAGCAUGGAAAGGACAAGCUGUUGACUUUCUGUAAUAAUUAUAGAGGAAAAAUGGGAAUGCAGCUGUAUUUCAUAUAUCUGUUGUUUUUGUAUCUCAUCUGUGCCUGAUGUUUUUGUGAUCCAGUAAUGGUCUUUUUACCUGCUGCCUGCAUUAGUGUCAUAGUAAACAUGACUAUUAUUCUGAAACCA